GAGAGAGAAAUAGAGAGAGAGAGAGAGAGAGAGAGAGAGAGAGAGAGAGAGGCGACAGUCUCCAGUUUUGUUGCACGAGGAGUCGUGAGUAGCCUCUGAUGACAGACAGACAGCAGAUCAGCGAGACCUGGACAAACACUAAACAGAUGAAGGGGAGCCAACUGUAGGCGAGGGGCAAACAACAGAGGCUUUCCUAAAAAAUAAAAAGAUAAUUAAGAAGAAGAAGAAGAAGAAGAAGAAGAAGAAGAAGAAGAAGAAGAAGAAGAAGAAGAAGAGGACAGGAGAGCGGGGGCAGGCAGCAAUCAGCCGGCUGGCCGGGACACGGAGCCCGUGCAGCGGGAGAAAUCACCGUCACAUCACAUCACUGCUCCGAGAUGACAAAGUCCCAGUGAAGCAGAGAGAGAUGUCGCAGAAGAAGAUAUUCCUGAUCUUCGUCGCCAUCAGUACUGUCAGUCUUCUGCUGCACCAUGGGGGCCACUUGAGCUGGACCAUAGAGGCCUUUCACCUCGGUUGCCCUGCCCUUCGUUCCCACCCUGCCCCAGGCCUCAAACCUAAGCACACCAAUGUGGCCUUCCUCAAGACUCACAAAACAGCCAGCACCACCAUGCAGAACCUGCUCUUCCGUUUCGCAGAGCGCAACAACCUCACGGUGGCGUUGCCCGUGCAGGCCUGCAGCCACCAGUUCUGCUACCCACGCUCCUUCACCUCUCACUUUGUCCACCCGCACACACUACCGCCAAACAUCAUCACCAGCCACAUGCGCUUUAACAAGGCCGAGCUGCUGCGCCUGAUGCCCAAUGACACAAUGUAUAUCACGAUCCUGAGAGAGCCGGGGUCAAUGUUUGAAUCCUUGUUCAGUUACUACAACCAGUACUGUCAGAGUUUUAAGAGGGUCCCCAAUGGCUCCUUGGAGGCUUUUUUACAGGAGCCCUGGCGCUACUACCGACCUGAUGAAAAGGACUCCAUGUAUGCACGCAACACCUUGACCUUUGACCUGGGCGGAGACAAGGAUCGCCCAGCAACAGAUGUGGUGUAUGCACGGGCCUUUCUGGCUGAGGUGGAGCGAGUUUUCUCCCUAGUGAUGAUUGCUGAGUACUUUGAUGAGUCGCUGGUUCUCCUCCGCCAUCUCCUCUCUUGGGACCUAGAGGACAUUCUGUACGUUAAACUCAACAUGCGGACACCGAGCUCAAAGCGAAGCCUGACGCCAGGGCUCCCUUCGGAGAUCCGAGCUUGGAAUUCCUUAGACGCACGUCUCUACGACCACUUUAAUGCCUCCCUGUGGCGCCAGCUGUCAGCUCUGGGUCCAGCCUGUGUGGCGCGAGAGGUGCGACUCCUUCAGCAAGCCCAGGAGAGGUUAAUGAGGAGCUGCUUUGGUGGACGGAUGCCACUUCUCCGAUCAGCCGCGCAAAUCAAAAACAAGGAUCUCCGCCCGUGGCAGCCUAGUGGAAAGGUUGACAUUGUGGGCUACGACCUGCCGGUAAAUCUCAGCCGUGGGUUCUCGAGCCAGGCCCAGGAGCUCUGCCUCAAGCUCAUCAUGCCAGAGGUCCAGUACACACGGGUGCUCCUACGUUCCCAAUCACUGCGCUACCGCCGUGGCUAUCAGCUGCGGCCUCUACAGCAGUCACAUCCCCUCCAGCAGCCCAUACGCGCAGUCCUGCCUCGGCAUUCUCAAGUGCACCGCAGCCAACCGCCACCUGUAGCCCCGGGCCCUGCAUCAGGGACGGGAUCCACCUCCACUUCGAAGCCUGCUGCAGGAACUCAAGGUCGGACCACAAAGUUAGGGCCUAAAUCCUCACAAACCCAGGCCUCACAGACUAAAAAGUAGAGACUGGAAUAUAAAAGAAUGCAUUUUCCUACCCAUUUUGACCCUUGAGACAAUGGUGCUUGGUUGGUGGGGGUGUUGGAAACAAGGGCGUCUUUGGGGAAAAGUCUGGAGCGUUCUUGAAUCAAUGUCUCUCCCGUCCCUUCCAGAUUUGGGGAUAAAAAAAUAAGGGGAAAAGGAGGGAAAGGGGGUAAGACAUAUCUGGACUUGAACUUGAAUCUCUCCCCUCCCCGCAGCAGAGUCGUAUCUGUUAUGUGCGAUGGGGACUCAAUAGGAAAGUGGGGAUAUCGGGCCUAUUGUGAGGCACAGAGUAAGCAUUGUGUGUAUCACACUGGUAUAGUGUCAUGUUACUUGCUUUCAUUGUCUGUAGCUCUCGCUCUCUCUCCCAAACAUAUGCCACUUAAACUCCUUGAGAGAGACAUAAUGACAUAAAGGGAUCAGCUGUCAGGCAUCCAAAGAGCCUCCUAAGAGGCCAGACAGACAUUGAGAUCACCUCAAAGCAUUAUUACAACAGCACAAUCAAGACUCUUCUCCUCUUCUUCUUCUCUUACAAACUCUAGAGCCUAAAGCAAUGGAGGAAGGGGGGUUAAAAAGACACAGAUAGACAGAUAAAGAGAGAGAGACCAUAUACGGAGGGUAAGCCUAAAGACUCAAUGCUCAGUUUGGCCACCCAUUAUCGCAAUGACUCACACAGAGACUGAACACACACACACCAAGCCUGUGUCUCUUCAGCUUUCAACCUCUCUGGCCUCCUCCCUGCAUCCUUCUCUCCAUCCUCCAUCCCCUCAUCCCUGCUGCUACCCUCUAGUUAGGCUCUCAAUCCAGAGAGACCACUGACAUCUUGGUUUCUUCAAUUCUGGGUUACCUCUGAUUGCAGUCCCCCUCAUACCACCAGCUGACAUCACAUCUCGCAUUGUAGAGAGUUUCUAGGUUUCCGGAUGUGGGGUUUUGUUUUUAAUCUUGGCCAAUGUUGCAAUAAGAUCUCCAGGCCUACGUUCUAUACGAAUUGAUUUAAUAGCCUACCAGCAGCCUCACUCUGCACACACUUGCACAAACAAAAAUGUAAAACUUGACAAGACAACAACUUGAGGCCUGUGGGUCGCAGUGUUUGAAUAUUUAAUCGUCUUCUCUCACGGCACUCCUAUGGCCCAUGUUCUUGGGUUACCCGGCCGUACAUUUUCAUUAAGGGUAAGGACCAGGCAAAAGCUGCUCAUUCUGAACUUGAAAACGCAGAAGGACAAAGCCAGAGACGUAGGAUGUUUAAAGCCUGGUAAGACUGCUAGGCUGGCUGGUUUGGCUGGGAUCCUAAAAUGUCAUCAUUUUUCUCAGCGGUGAUCCAUUUUUAAUCCAUUCUGCUCAUAUUUAAUGUGUCAUUUAUGUUCUUUUAUUCCUCCAGUGAUCAGCAGGACACUUAUUAGUAACUGGGGGGCGGAGGAAAGAUGUCUGAGUGUAUUCUUGUGAGUGUGCGAGAGUGUGUGCGAGCUAAGAAGUGGUUAACUCUACUACAUGUUGUAGUUUUUUUUUCCCAAGGCCAGUCAAGUUGGCAUGGCAACAAAAGGAAAUAUUGUCUGUGAGAUUUAUAAAAACAAUGUAUUAUUUAUUAUCAGGAUUUAAAGAGUCCCACUACUGUAUUUGUAGAUGUCAUUUUUCAUGAAUCACUGGAUAAAAACCUUCAUAUGUUCAGCAUACCACUCCAAGCAACUGAGGUGGAACAAGGCAUGUGGCAAUGAUAUAAUAAAAUAUCAUUCUAUACCUGUUUUACAUAAUGCCAAACUACAAAGACCACUUCUGAAAACCGCACAGUGAAACAAGUGUAGUCACUGUAAAAUGAAUCUAUGGCAGUGCUUAAGUGCUCAACCACACAAAGCUUUUGUGGUUGGAGUCUGUCGCGCUGUACAAUACAAUAAGGAAAAACACACAAACCGCUGCUGCUCUGACAGGAAGAAAAAGUGGAGCAGGUGGAAAACAGACUGAAGUUUUAUGAAGUGGCUGUGAAUACUUUAAUUUAAAGUGUGCUUAUCUGAACUUACCAGGGAAACCUCAGCUUUGAAAGCACGAGAUGCACAGCAGUUUAUAUUUAUUUACAGCUUUUGAUGUGUUCAGAUAUGCUUAAGUUUUCUUCUGGUACUUACACUGCAAAAAUUCUCUUUAAAGGAUAAGGCUGAAGUUUUUUUUUUUUUACAUUUUUCCUUCUGUCAACAAAUCCCACAAAAAGACCAAAACCAACAAUGCAUAAGUCCGUCUGCCAAUUUCCUUGAGCCUUUUUUAAUUGCUUGAAGCAUGUUUGUUCCUGCUGUAAACCUUUGAAAAAAACAACUACUGUAUAUUUUACAAAUGUGUGGUUUAAUGUCUUUAAAAAGGCUCAGUAAUUCUCUGAAACAGCUGGUCACUGUAGUUUUUUGCUGCUGUUACUCAAACAGAAGAAAUAGUGCAUUUGUUAUAGGGACUAUUUUCAGCUGUGGAUGAAUACACAUGUAAUGCAAUAUUGACUAUUUCCAGCAGGAAGAUGGUGUACGUUAGCCUGGUCCUACAAGAGUCACUCUCCAUUGACAAGGGUUAACUUCCAUAAAGGCGGGUACUCUGUUGAAGUUUAAAACUCUUGGAUCUGCUCAAUCUGCCCGGCUUUAAUUUCUGAAUAUUCGGCCACAGCAGACUGAAUGGCUUCACUCGCAUCUUCCUCCGCCGUCACGGUACUACAGCUCUCGCACACAGCCUCAACGUCAUAGUACUCAGCCACUCUAACUGUUUGCUGAUUGGACCGGUUAAAAUUUGGCCGGAGAAAACCCAAGAUUAUACCGCAAACCCAGACAGUGUACUGAAGGGAAAUGAAAAUUGAGUGGAAGUACAUAGGAGGGCGGAGCCAGGCUACGUGUAUGGAAGAUUAACUCAGAAUAAACCACAACGCCCCGAUUUGUCAUAAUGAUGAAACAUUUCACCCAAUGCACAUUGAUGUGUUUUUAAUAGUUUUUUUGGACCAAGUCAUUGUUUGUUUUGUAUUUUGAUACGUUUGUUGACAUUAGAAGAAAUAUAGAAUAUCACCAGCCUUGGUUUGCUGAUGAUGCUGCAACUAUAAAACUAUAUUUUAAUUAGUUUAAAUUUAGCUGCUACAUGUAAAAAAAAAGAAAGCAUUUUGGCUUUUAAUGAAUCUCCUGAAUUGCCUCAUUGAGCAUUUAUGUGAAAUCAACAUGUUUUUCUUUUCGUAUGAUUGUUUUUUUCAUGUAUUUGAUAAGCAUAAGAAUUGACACAAAACUUGAUUUUUAAGCUAAAGGUGGGGUUCAGGUGUUGCGAGUAAAUUCCUGUGGUAAAAUGAACUGUUUGCCAGUCAUUUUUAAAUAAAUAAAGACAAAUAAGCUAAAAGGCACGAUCAAAAUGUGUAUUUGACAAGACAUUUCCUCCCACAUCUGUGUCUGACCAGGAGCCAGCUGAAGAAUUUGUUUCUUGAAACUUUUCAUUUAUGAUCCAUUUCACUGUGUCUGUGAGUCUCUCUAAGUGCUGUUUUGAUUGUACAAGUCGUUCGCCCGGCUGUUUUGCUUCUUGUGGGAGACUUUCAGUAAUGGUUGUGCUGUAGUGUCUAAAGUGUCUGCUAUUCUUUGAAAAUGGCGGAGAGGCUCUACAAAACAGAAUGCUAAAAUCUCAUCUUCUUCACAUUAGCUGCUCUUUCUUUGUUUCUUAGAGUGACAUUGCAAAGAUGUUUUAUCUAUUUUAUUUUU